CUAUGCAUACGUUCCGCGACACUCGUAUCAAUCGAACCCACUCCAUCCUCAACUGCAGACCAAGACGGGUGAAUCCGCAUGGGCCUACUUAUGAAGCGAUGAGCCCUGGUCUGUGCAAGUCAAGCGUAUGAGGCUACUAACCUGCGCGAUUAGCUGCAAUUGCCGCGGGUGCUACAUCACAGGCAGCACACGACGGCAAGCGGCAAUGAGUCAGACUCAUGCCUACCAUGCUCAAUCUAUCAGCGCUUCGACAGCUCAUAAGUAAGGUGGGAGUUGCCCCUUUGAUUCACUAAACGCCGCUCUGCCCACAAAGCGGCGAGUGGGCCCAUACAAAUGGAGCCCACGACUACGUCGUGGCAUCUCCCAUCCACAUCCAGAGCCCAUUCACACGCGCCACCAUGACUGCCUUCCCUGACUACAGCGAUGGCAAAGCCCCCUACACGGUUGGCGAGCGCACUUACGAGACGUACUACAAGAUCUUCGGCGACCUCUCCUCCGGCAAGCGCCCUCUCAUCGUCGUCCACGGCGGCCCUUCCUUCACGCACGACUACUUGCUGCCCAUCAGCGACCUUGCGAGCACGCAUAGCACCGCUGUCGUCUUCUACGACCAGAUCGGCACCGGCCUGAGCACGCACGUGCGCGAGCGAAAGGGCGAUACCGAUUUCUGGACUUUCGACUUCUUCAUCGACGAGCUUCUGAAUCUCCUCGCCCAUCUGAAGAUCGAGGAGUACGACUACCUCGGCCACUCGUGGGGCGGCAUCCUCGGGCAGGAACUCGUCUUGCGCAGGCAUCCCAAAGGGAUGCGCAACUUCAUCUUGGCGAACACGAUCCCCAACAGGAAGUGGUGGGACAUCUCGUUCAUGCAGCUGCUGGAGAAGGCGGACAUUCCGGAGCAGGCGAAGAAGACCAUCGUUAGCCAGAGCGCGACCCGAGAGGAGCGCUGGGCGGCGGUCCAGUUGUUCUAUGCGCAGUAUGGGUGCAUGGUGCAGCCAUUUCCGGAAGAUUUCCUGCGAAGCAUGGCGUAUCACUUUGGCGAGAAUGCGGAUACGACGACCGACGACGCUAUGAACGCUCAGGGCGGUGAGCUGAACGGAUGGGACGUGCGCGACAAGCUAGGAGAGAUAUACGUCCCCACGCUAGUCCUCAACGGGGCUAGGGACUUCGCGCAGGACUGGAUUGUCACACCUUUCAUUGACAAGAUAUCUGGAGUGAAGUGGGUGAAGUUUGAGCAUUCGAGUCAUACGCCUUUCUGGGAGGAGCGUGACGAGUUCAACCGUGUUCUUGCCGAUUACCUUGGGUGUGAACGAGCGUGAAGGGUGCGCAAGGAGCUGAACAUGGUAUAUCUAGAGAGAAAUCUAAUCUCAUCAGUCAGCUUCGUCUCACAAGCGGGGAAAGAUUGAGUGAGAAGAGGAGAGGGCAAUUAUAGUUUUACAUUGAAAUUAUA